AUGGGAGGCAAGAAAAAGAAUAAGAGUAAACGAAAUAAAACAGGAAAUGCGAAUGAGCAUGAUGCCGAAAAUAUCUUGGAGUUUGGUGAGGAUAUUAAGGACUCUGAUAAUAUAACCGAAGACAGUUCUGAAUUAUCAAAAAAAGCAAUUAAGCGGCCAAAUGAGAACGAUGAUUCAGACUCAGAUACUGAGAAACCGAAAAGGCCUAAGAAAAAGAAGAAACAGUCUGUUCCUUCCGAAGAAUCUUCAAGUAAGAAGGGCAAAAAAUCCAUAAGACAAAUUAAACGAGAAAAAUUCGCUCAAAGGCAAGCUGAAGCGCAAGCAGUGGCUAAAGAUCAACUUAAAUCACAAUGUCUAAAUUAUUUAUCACAAUGGAAACAUGAUAGACAAAAUUGGAAGUUUAUGAAGGCCAAGCAAGUGUGGCUUUAUAAGAAUAAAUUCUCAACUAAUUUAAUACCAGACUCCACAUGGCCAGUAUUUUUAGAAUACUUUGAAUCAGCUACAGGCAAUAUAAAAAACAUGUUACUAAAUGAUGCCAAUAAAAUUAUAAAACAAAUGGAUGACUGGACAGAAACACAAAAUAAAGAUGGGCAUCAAAAUGAAAAUGAGGAUGAGGAGGCAGCAGGGGAUGUUCAGAAACCCAAUGAUGCAGUUUAUAAUAGAGCAAGAAAUUUAAUACAAUGUUUACAAGAA